UAUCAAAGAGCCGCAUAGAAGAAUUAGUUGUGCCUAAAAGAGAGAAAUCUUAAAUCAUCAAUACCAAGUAGACGAUGAAAGUCCAAUGCCUACUGCUUUUGGGUUUGCUGCUCGCUGCUACAGCAGUUGAGUCGGCACGUACCCGGUUCCGUCCGCGCAUCGUUGGUGGCAUCCCGAUCGAUAUCACUGAGGCGCCGUUCCAGAUUUCGCUGAUGCACAACAACCGUCAUGCGUGCGGUGGUUCUAUCAUUUCGGCCGAAUGGAUCCUAACGGCGGCGCACUGCGUCGACGGUACAACAAUCGACCAGCUGUCGGUGCGAGCCGGUUCGACGCUGAAGGCACGCGGUGGCUCGAUCCGCCAGAUCGAGGAAUCGAUCAUGCACCCGGACUGGGACGAUGGCUCGAACGAUUCCGACAUUGCGCUGCUGAAGCUCGCCGAGCCGCUGGAGCUGGACGACGAACGGAUCAUGACGAUCGAGCUGGAGCCAGCGGGCGCACCGGAACCGGCUCCGGGCACCCGAUCCACCGUGACCGGCUGGGGAGUCACACUAAGCUCCCUCCAGUCGAACCGGGUACUGCGGUCGACGGAUGUUCCGAUCGUUUCGCGUAGUGAUUGUGGCGUGGCGUACCAGGGCUUUGGACCGAUUACGGAGCGUAUGAUUUGCGCCGGGUUCGUCACCGGUGGACACGACUCGUGCCAGGGCGAUUCGGGCGGUCCGCUCGUGGUGGACGGGCUGCAGGUGGGAGUGGUCUCGUGGGCCUCCGGCUGUGCCCGACCGGGUUAUCCGGGUGUGAAUGCGCGCGUUGCCUCUGUCCGUGAAUGGAUUCGUGAAAAGAGUGGUAUUUAAGGUGUCUCCGACAAUCUUUCUGAAGACACAUUAUAUUCAAUAGAAGUAAAACAGCCAUACGGUAUCAAUAAAACGGAGCAGUAGAAAUCAUUUAGUCACGUUGU